AUGGAGUGGCAGGUUAUUCAGCGUACACGAGAGGCCUUUGUGAGUGGGAGAAGUCGUACCCUUGGCUUCAGGCUACAGCAACUUCAGGCGCUGCAGAGGAUGGUCAGCGAGAGGGAGGAUGAAAUUGCUGCAGCUCUCAAACAGGACAUCAACAGGAGCAAGUACGAUACAUCACUUAUGGAAUUGAUUGGAAUAGAAAAUGAGAUUAGCCUGGCUCUGGAAAAACUAAGAGAGUGGGCAGCUCCUCGGCUGGUGGAGAAGACUCUCUUCACUAUUUCAGACAAGGCUUACAUCCAGGUGGAACCCCUAGGAGUGGUGCUAAUAAUUGGAGCUUGGAAUUACCCGUGGGCCUUGACGUUGAUACCGCUUAUAGGAGCUAUUGCAGCAGGCAAUGGAGCUGUGGUGAAACCUUCAGAGAUUAGUGGCUACUCAUCUGCUCUCUUGGAAACACUGCUGCCUCUGUAUCUGGAUAAGGAUUUGUACCCAGUGGUGACAGGCGGUGCGCGAGAAACACAGGAAUUGUUAAAGGAGAGAUUUGACCACAUCUUCUACACUGGAAGUGGCCUGGUGGGCAAACUGGUGAUGGAGGCUGCUGCACGACACCUCACCCCAGUGACUCUGGAGUUGGGGGGGAAAAGUCCUUGCUACAUUGACAAGACUUGUAACAUCAGAGUUGCAUGCCGACGUAUAACAUGGGGAAAAUUUCUCAACUGUGGUCAAACGUGUAUUGCUCCAGACUACAUAUUGUGUGAACCUUGUGUGCAAGGUCAUGUGGUGGAAUGCAUCCGACAAACUCUUUUGGAAUUCUAUGGCCCUGAUCCCAAAUCAUCACCAGACUAUGGUCGCAUCAUUAACCAAACUCACUUCAACAGACUUGUGGGUCUGAUGGAGGGGUAUGCACCAGUGCUUGGUGGCCAAUGCGAUGCCUCACAGCGCUAUAUUGCACCAACUAUUCUGAAGGAUGUGCCGCCUCACUCCAAGCUGAUGCAGGAAGAAAUAUUUGGUCCUCUGUUGCCCAUAGUCACUGUCAGUGGCUUGAAUGAUGCUAUUAAUUUUAUCAAUGAGCGAGACAAACCUUUGGCCCUCUACAUAUUUUCUUCAGACAAUAAGGUAAUCGAAAAGAUGAUUGGGGAGACCACAAGUGGAGGGGUGACCGUCAAUGAUGUUCUGAUGCACUACACACUCAAUUCACUCCCAUUUGGAGGUGUAGGUCAAAGUGGAAUGGGCUUCUAUCAUGGCAAGCACACCUUUGACCAGUUCAGCCACCAGAGGGCAUGUCUACUCCGUUCACUUGGAAUGGAAAGUAUCAACCUAGCUCGUUACCCCCCUCAGGACCGCCAGCGUGCCAGCAGAACACGGUUGGCCCUCAAAUCACCCUUGAUUGAUUUAUCAAGAAAGACUUAUAUCUGGGCCAUCUGUAUGACCAUUAUUGCAUUUGGUCUGCUCAUCACUUUGCUAGUCAUUCUGCUAGUUGCUGCAGGCUUGAAUUGUACCUGCUGGUACUGGAGGGGUUUUUUCAAUUAG